AUGCUAUUAAUUAGAAGCACGUUGCUCUUUCUUCUUGAAAGCUAUUUGGUUUUGCAGGUAUUGGCCGUGACCUGUUACCACCUCGACGGCACAAAUGCAGGACCAUCGAACGAAGUGUGCAAUCCUAAUGCUACCGGAGUAGAAGGAUCCCAUAGCGCAUGCUGUAGCGCUGAGAACGGAGAUGCAUGUCUAUCAACCGGCCUGUGUCUGAACACCAUCGCUCGCCAGCAGAGCCACCUGCUCUGGUCGACAGCAUGCACGGAUCCAACGUUCAAAGACCCGAGCUGUCCUCAGUACUGCCUUGGACUCAAACUCGAUAACGCCCAUCUAAAAACUUGCAACGAUACCUUUUGGUGCUGCGCAAGCGACGCAAAUGUGUUGACAACACAACUUUGCUGUGACAAUGCCUUUAAGCUAACACAACCUAUCGGUACUGUUGUCGCACAGCUCCAGUCUGGUAAAGGAGCAAUACCCCUCGCCACAGCGUCCUCUACCAUUUCGGGCUCAUCAAACACCAAUUCCUCGACGGAGAACCCAUCAAGUAUUUCUUCCGGUGCGGUAGCAGGACUAGCGAUUGAAGGUGUCAUCAUUGCUUCUGCUCUUGCGGGGCUAGGGUUUAUGAUUUGGCGGAAUAGACUGUUAAGUCGGAAAGUGAAGGAGGCCGAAGCAGCCGCCGCAGCGGCAACAAGUGCGCAGCAGCAGCAAUACCAAUGGCAACACCCCCCAUCAUCAUAUGCUAAUACAGUCCCUCAUAUGGCCAUGUAUAACUAUGGAGGCCCCGGUGAAACGGAGCCUCCCAAGAGGAGUGAACUACACUCGAGCACCUAUACAGAACUCCCGGGUACAGAUAUUGUUGGCACAGAGCUUUCAUCUGAGACAAGAAGCCCGCGGUCCCCAGGUAUCCCGUUACAGAGGUAACGUAGGUAAUCAUGAGGGUCGCCCUCAAUACUUCUACCUAGCUAGGUAGGUAUGCUUCGAGUCGAGAUGGCCAGCCCAAAUUCAGCCGGAGUUAAUUUUUUCAGGUUAGGUUUAUGGCAGUUUCAUAGGGAUCUAUAUUGUUCUAUGCGUAUAUUAUAUACUCAGAAGAUCUAAUCAGGUACGUAUACCGAUAUGAGAUAGGUUAAGGGGGAUGGGUCAUUGGCAAUGGAUAGGAGUAAAUUAAGACAGGAAUAUUAACUAGGCACCUAACCCAGGUGGACGACACGGUUUCCAUUGAACAAUAACUCACGUACUACAUAAUAU